CCCGGGCUCAGGGCGCGGUCACUUCUCCUCGCCGCGGUGAAACUCCGCGUAGAAGCAACAACAACAGCAGCACUGCGGGUGGCCGUGACCGAGCCAAAGCUUCACCCACGCUGUCAAGUGCCGAGCAACUUCGCCGUUUGCUGCUGCUGGCUCUGCUGUUGGUCGUGCUUGGUGCUGGUGCUGCUGGUAAACUUUCCCACUGUGACUUUGAGAGAGGAAGAGGGAGGGGGGCUCUGUGGUGGCGGCGGCAGCGGCGACGGUUGUCAAUCCGGAUGAAUUGCACGCGAAGAAGCGCAACACGUGCCACCGAUUGAGCAAGCGAAGCCUGAGACUGCGCUCACAACGCGGAGUGCGAUUCGCGGUUCAAUCGGCUCACAGCGGGGCGAUGGAGUCGCUCGUCUUGCCGAGCACCUCGGAGCUGAGCACCCUGAGAGUCCUCGAGUCCCUGGACAGACUCCUGGGCGAAGUGGAGCUCCUGCAGCGGAGCCAGCGCGACUCGGGCCGGCGGCAGACGGAGACGAUCGCCGCCUGCCAUGCGAUCGGGACCGACGUGAGGCGUCUGGCCCGGCUCGAGGAGAAGGGGCACGCGGCAACCCGCGAGCUUCUGGGCAGGGUCGCCGAGACGGGAGGACAGGUCCGGGUUGCCCGGGCUCACCUGCUGCUCCAGGGCCACAGCUUGUGCGCCGUGGCUCAGCACGCGCGGCUGCUUGGGCAGCGCAAGGCGCCGAGGAUCCUCGUGGUGAAGGUGGGCGCCAAUACCCCGCCCCAGGCCGCACGCACGGCGCCGGGGGUGGCGAUCGGAGGCGGAUCCGACCGGUGCUCCGUCCGGAACGAGCACGUGGACCUCAACGGUGCAGCCUGGCUUUCCCGGCAUGAGCGGCCGGCGCCAGGAGCCCCGGGGCCUCCUCGAGGGCCGCCGAGCGAGAGCUACACUCUCGACGAGCGCACAAUGCAUCCUGCAGCACUAGCGGUGGGGGAGUCAGCCCGGCCGAGCCCCGUCCGCGGUGCCGGCCGGGUCAGGCGGCUGGACAGCAUCAGCGAGGAGGAGCGCGCAGAUGUCGGUACCUCGCCGAGUGGGGCUGCAACGAAACGGGAAUCGGGGGAUCCUGGUUUGGCUGCCCGUGAGCCCAGCGUGAACUGGGCCGUGGGAGAAGAGGAGGAGCGUUCCAUGGGUAUGGCUGCCACAGCUGUAAUGUCUGGAGGGGGUGCGUCGGUACCACCCGACAGUCCGCGAGGCGGUGCGAUGGUGACGAUCGGCACGACGGGCCUCUCUCGGUUCAGCGAGGACAUCGCGAGGGCUGUGACAGAGCAGGGCACGGCCGUCGCUCACUCCCUACUCAACGCCCGCUGUCCCCCGGCCACUGCCGCCACGGAAUAUUCCCACGGCGGGAACAAAGCCGGCGGCCACGACGGCGUCGACGACGGGAUUAGCCGGGCUGGCGGCGUGAUGGAGGAGGAGGUGACAGAGGUGGUGGUGGAGCGAGCACGGCCGCCUGAGAAGAGCGCCGGGCCAAGGGGCACACGCUCCAAACGGCGCCGCAGGACGGCGCCGCCCGCCACUGCCGCCGAGCCCCCCACUAGCCCCGCAGGGUUCCGGAUCGCCCAGAUGGCGCCGUGCGUGUGCGCCGAAGCAGAGCUGCACCUCAAGGCUGGGCACGAAAUCGCGAGCGCCUGCGAGGAGAUCUCGCGGGCAAUGGAGCGGUGCUCGCGGCCCACGGCCCCCGCGGCCUCCACCCCGCCAGGAGACGAUCGCCCCCCGCCGCUUGAAAUGCCCAGGUGGCAGGGACGAGGCCUCGGCGAGGUUGAGGCGGCACCGGAAGACAAAGCAACGGUGCCCGGGUGCGAAUGGGAGCCCGGUGAGAUCGCGGACCGAAGUCGAAGCCUGGCGGGACGCGGACGGCGAUGGUGCCGUGGGGGCCCCUGCUUGGGCGAAAGAUUCGGGAGGCGCCGGGAGUUUGCGAGGGCAAGAAGGCGGCUCGAAGGAGCGGACGAGCGAGGGGCAAGGUGAGGAAAAGGCAGCGGCAGCGUGGUGCGGGAGUGGAGGAACCCCUCGGGAGGAUGAGCUGGGAAGCGUAGAGCAGACGGCCCUCGCGGUUCGCUCAACGCCUCGAACGGCAAUGACUGCCGUCCACCUGGGGGAGAAUGGGAGCCCCGUGCCGCUGGGUGGGCCGAGCGGUCACGGGGAGCCAUCGACGCAGGCCGCAGGGACGCACGGUGGGUCGCAGCGGGCAGCGCAUGAGGCAAUCUCGAGGGCGGCCCGCCUCUCCGGCCUGUGCGGCGACAUCGCGAAGCAGCUGCAGCACCAGCAGCAGAACCAACAGCAGCACCAGCAGCACCAGCAGCACCAGCUGAACCAGCUGCUGAACCAACAGCAGGAACACCAGCAACAGCAGCAGCAGAGAAAUGCUCCUGAAUGUGCCGCCCACGCCACGUCCGAUUCUGCGGAGGGCCCAGGCGGUUCAGCCCGCGCUCCGGAUGCUGCUGCCGGGCGGAAACGUGGCACGGAUGGAGUGGCGGGAGCAGCGAACCGGCCAGGAGAGCGCAAGGGGAAGGUUUUGAAUGCAGGGGCGAUUUCUGAAGUUGGCCAAAUAGAGGACAACGACGGGCGAGUGGAUGCGAAGGAGAACUACAGGAAGGGCUCAGCGGGGACGGGUGGCGGAGAUGGGGGCACGCCGCAUGGGAGUGAGGGCGGGCGGAGGUUGGCGAGGGAAGGCGCGAUGCCGAAGCGGCAGUACGUGCACGCCGGUGGUGGCAGAGGGGCAGAGGAGGGGAGGCUGGACACCAGGCCGGCCGUUAAGAAGACCAGGAAUGUGGAAACGAAGAUCCGUGGAGAGUCGGAGGGCCUCACGCCGAGACAGAAACGGGGUCAAGGUUUUAGAGGAAGAGUCGGCCCACUGCACAUUGAUGACGAGCUGUAGUUUCGAGUUGACGUUGUUGAGCCCGGUGAGGUCUUAAGAUUUUGUUGAGCUCGGUGACAUCUCGAGAUUUUCUUGAGCCCCGGUAAGAUCUCCGAGAUUUUGUUGAGCCCGAUGAGAUCUUGAGAUUUUGUUGAGCCCGAUGAGAUCUUGAGAUUUUGUUGAGCCUGGUGAGAUCUCAAGAGACCAGGAUAGGAGUCUCACUCGCAAGAGUGCGGCCAGUAGGAGGCAAAGAUUUCCAUGCAGUGUCCCAAUUGAGUAAUUUGCGAUGUGAAAUUUUGACCCACACACACCGGCACUCUUGAGAAUAACAUUGGCGGGAUCUUUAACGUCCAUUCGGAAGCAGAUGGCGGCAUGUAGCAUUGUUGUGGUUAACACGCAUUACAGUAUUAGCCAGGGUGGCCACUGGAUUCUAACCGUGACACCUCUGCAACAACAAAAGGCAAAUGCGCUACCGCAGGGGGUACUUUUAGAUAAUUCCAGUAAUUGUAAUACAAUGAUGUUUAUCUUUCGCCCAGCUAAUCAAACUCCUGUAGCCAUGAUCAUGCCAUUAAAUUAAUGGCAGUGCAUACAAUCUGACGAUGGUGAUUCAUGACUAAUCAACGUGUGGUGGCCUCUCAGAGGAGCAGUGAUUUAUGAACGAUGCAGUAAAAGAGGUUUCUCUGCUUUCGUGUUAUCUUCAAAACUCCCAUUGGUCACGAGGCUUCUUAUUUUGCAAACAAGUUUUAAAAUAGCGGCUUCUCCAUCAGUUCACUCUGCUUCCUGACGGUCGUCUUUAGCUACUGAACGACAUUCCUGGUCGGAAUAUUCGAUACUCAUAACCGUGGGCCAUGGUUCUUCCGUGCCCCACCUCCACGCAAAGCGACGGUGGAGAUCGUUGUCUAAGGGUGAUGAUUUGAGUUCGCUCAUCGCGCUUGCGUCAGGUACUGUGUGGCAAAGCACUUCUGCGCCACCGCAGGGGUGGUGCAGAAACGACGCCAAUGGAGGGCAGCGCCAAGGGCAGAAAGGGGAAACCGUUGGGAGGAGAGAUUAAACAAAUGAAUUACAAAGUGACGAGUUGCUCAGAAACUUAAACGGAGGCGACGAACAAAAUGCCAUGCAAAAGUCUCUCUCCCCGUGGUCACGUGGAUUUUUCUCCGGGUCCUCCGGUUUUUCCCUCCACAUUUAGAAUCGAUGUGCGUUUUCGAGUAUUUGGCUGAUAUAAAUUUCCACGCGAUAAGCCAUUUCGUUGAGUUAUCAUUUUUGGCCAGGUCGUUGUUGAGUAGAUUUAGUUUUGUCAGUGUAUAAGGCGCAUGCAAGCCUGUCUCCAGGCGGUUCAUGUCAAUCGGGGAGAAAACGAGGGAGCAAGAAGGGAUGGGAAGUGAGGACGAGGGGAGAGUGAGAGAGGGAGGGAGGUAAGUGAGGAAGGAGGGAGGGGAGAUGGGAAAAGAGUGUGAGGGGAGAGCGAGGGAGAGAGGGAGGAGAGAUGGGAAGGGAGGACGAGGGGAGAGUCAGAGAUAGAGGGAGGCAAGUGAAGAGGGAGGGGGGAGGUGUUAAAGGAGUGCAAGGGGAGAGCGAGAGAGGCGAUGGAGAGAGGUGAUGGAGAGAGGUGAUGGAGAGAGGUGAUGGAGAGAGGCGAUGGAGAGAGGUGAUGGAGAGAGGCGAUGGAGAGAGGUGAUGGAGAGAGGCGAUGGAGAGAGGCGAUGGAGAGAGGCGAUGGAGAGAGGUGAGGAGAGAGGUGAGGGAGAGAGGCGAUGGAGAGAGGCGAUGGAGAGAGGCGAUGGAGAGAGGUGAGGGAGAGAGGUGAUGGAGAGAGGCGAUGGAGAGAGGUGAUGGAGAGGUGAGGGAAAGAGGGAGGAGAGAUGGGGAGGAUGAUGGGAGAUGGAAAUGAAGGACGAGGGGAGAGUGAGCCAACAUCUUCAGGGGCUGGUCAACGUGCUCGUCGGCUACGCCAAGCUCGCCAUGUACAGGGCGAGGAAGGUGGCCAUGGAGGGGAAACGUCCGGCCAGCAGCCUGGGCAUCUUCCGCGCUCUGGUCGGAGCCCCAGGAUGUGUGAGCUGGAGUUCCGGCAUGCGCGGCUGACCCACGCCGUGCCGGCCUUCAAGGAGCAGUGGGCGCUGGAGGAGGCCGUGUGCUCGGUGGCAGAAGAUUGAGAGCUCUGCAUGCAGUUAUGAGCUACCGUCGGAGGCCGUAGGACUGCGAGAAGGGCUGGGUGCAGAUGCAGCACUUGUCGUAAAAAUAUUACAUAGAAAACAUAGGGGGUCAUAGACAUCGAGGAGGGAGAGGGGGGUGUAGAGAGAGAGUGGGUACAGAGAGGGAAGGUGUAAGAAGGAGGAGAGCAGAGCGUAAAAUCUUUUGUGAAAUCUUUCAUUUGAAAAGGGGGGGGGCACAUAAAGCAAAGCAUUGAAAAAAAACGAAAUUAUGAACGAAGCAAAGUGCCGACUACACUGAGCAUCUUCUUGUUUCCUCUGAUCGUAAAAAAAAAGG